AAGAUAUAUCGCUUAAAACUUUUAAAUUUAUCUUCAUUUUAAGCGCUUCAGCAGAUUUUCUACAACCGCAAUCUUAGCAAAUUGCAUUAAUAGGAAACAUCUGUAUCUUAUGUAAAUAUCGCGUUAGAAAACUGAACGUAGGACAGGCAACGCCAUCUCUUUGCGACGGUUUGAACGUAUUUUUUCAAUCGAUGAAGCGUCCGUAGAUACAUGAUCGAUUAGGCGUAAGCGUCCCUUUACUCUUGAACAGGCAAACUGUUUUUCUGACUAAAACAAUGCUCAAUUCAGAAAAGCUCAAAGUAAAAGCUUUGUUGGGCUUAUUGUUAGCUUCUGUUAUUGGUUUAAUUCAAUAUGAUACUGGAGAUGACUAUUUAAUAACAGAAAAGUCGGUAGCUUUGUCAGCAAAUCGCAUAAAAGUCUUUCAAUAUAUGACAGAUGCAUCUAAUUACGAAAGGUGGAUGCCUGGAGUUGUAGAAAGCUCAAUGGACGAUGUGGGACCAGUUCAAGUAGGCAAAUAUUUUAGAGAAAUUCACGAACUACCAUUCAUAGGACGAACUAUUUACGAAAAUCUAAUUAUAGCUUACGAAUCUCCAUCAUACAUCAGUUUCAUAUCGGAUUCUUGGCUGAAACCGAGAAUUGAAAUGUCAGUUGCCAGAAGAGAUAGUAGCCAGGCACCUUCAUUGUUUACCUACAAAUUACAUUCUAGAAGAAGAAGCCUCCUUUUUCAAUAUACAGCUGGACCAGUUUUAUCAAUGUAUUAUAGCAACAGAAUUCGACACGCGAUGUUUUUAAUUCGAGCCGAAUUCGAUAGAAUUUGAAAUAGAAUUAUAAAGUAAAAAUAGAAGAGGAAAUGAACUAAAUAAAUUAUUAACAAAACAAAAUACAAAAUACAAUCAACAAAAGAAAUACAAAUAUUAUAAUUUACAAAGUC